CUCGCGGAGACUUUCGUUUUCGAUUCUGCUCCUGAAACUGAAUCGAUGUUGUUAUAGUUUUUUAGAUUAAAGAAACAUGGCAGGCUUGGAGGUGUUAUACACCUGUGUCGGUGGCAGUAUCACCUGCCCACAGGACGCCGUUGUGUGUUUCGUUCACUGGGAAAUGAUAAAGAGAGGAUACAGGUGCAUCGGCUCCGGAGACGAGCCCCGCAGCAGUGAUAAGAAGUCCGAGCUGCUGCCCGCUGACUGGAGCAGCAACAAGGAGUUGUACAGUCUGCGAUAUAAAGCCAAAGACGGCGACACCCAGUCGCUGCUCAAAGCCAUCGCUGUCGACUCCACUUUAAUUUUCAACCUGAUGAACUGCGGCACUCAGCAGGUGUCAGACUUGACGGUGAACAUCAGCGAUCACGUGGAUGCUGACCAGUUGCACACGUUUGACAGUGUGUACAAAGACGCAGACAGUUUGUCAGAGAAGGUGACGACUCAGCUGCUGCCCCCCCAGGACCGACUGACAGGACAGAAGGCAGAGAGGAAGAGCCGGAGGGAGGAGGACGAGGAGGCGGAGCAGAGACGAAGACGAGAGGACAGCGACCCCCUCCGCAUCCCCAGCAGACAGCCGCCACACUGGCGUGACCCCAUGGUUCCUCCGUUCGCAGCUGGAGGAGCAGAUCUGGAUCCUUUCGGCUCUCGUGGCGGUGGCGGCAUGAUAGUGGACCCGUUGAGAUCGGGAUAUCCUCGCUCUGGUUUUGAUCCGUCUAGCGGGAUACCGGACAUCCUGCCUCCCGGAGCUGUUCCCCCGGGGGCUCGCUUCGACCCGUUUGGACCCGUCGGACGUCACAGACCGGGGCCGGACCCGGACCACAUGCCCCCGCCCGGCUACGACGACAUGUUCAUGUAGUCCCUGCCUUUCUACUUCCUGUUUGCUACUCACAACAUCCUGUCCUCCAGCCAAUAGGAAGCCAGGAGGCGUCCUCAUCAUCCUCACCUCCUCCAGCGUUUGAUUUGGUGUAGUGGCCCCAAAGUAAAAAUGCUUGCCUUUUUAUUUCCUCCUGUUUUGUUUUUUAAAGAGGGUUUGUUUUCUAAUUGUUUAUUUCUGAUGUGCUAAUGAACAGCUUGUGUAUAUAACUGAAAAAGUUCCCGACUCUGUGUUUAAUUAUCGAAAAAGAACAACGCAUUAGCAGGUUUUUUCCUCUGCUUCCUAAAUCUGUUUAGAUCUUAGAAUUUAUUCAUAAAGAGGAGGUCCUUGAGUUCCUGUUGUGACUUUAUUAAAGAUUAAUAUGGUUAUUUUGGUUGUUUUUGUUUGGAUUGUUUAUUUAACAAGAUGGUUGAUAAAAUAUGUCACAACAAAAUAAAAAUCUCAGACAUUCGA